AUGUCAAUCUCAACCAUCAAACUGUUCGCUUACCUCUACCUUUUUCGACUUCUCAAUGCCCUUCUUUGCCGUACAUUCUUUCAACCUGAUGAAUUCUAUCAGUCUCUCGAAAUUGCUCAUCAUCAAGUCUUUGGUUACGGUUUCGUGUCUUGGGAAUGGCGGAAUGCCUUCGAUCAGUCCAGCGGUGGCAUCCGUAGUCCACUGUACCCUUUCCUCUUUGUGCCUCCCUAUGCUUUACUCAAAUACUUACGGCUCGAUCAGACUUUUCUAUUGAUCUUAGUUCCUAAGCUGAUUCAGGCAGCUAUAGCAGCAGUUACCGACUUAGCCAUCUAUCGCCUUUCUGCGAGGGUCACGUCUCAUCAUUAUGCAUCCGCAGCAUUGAGCUGUUCCUUGACAUCAUUCUUCAAUGCCUACGCAGGAAUUCGCACUUUCUCUAAUUCAGCCGAGAGCGCCCUGACGGCUGUUGCACUCUCAUUGUGGCCAUGGACUGGCGAUCAAGUCGCUCAAUCUUGGACUCACCUCACCAUAUCUCUGUGCUUGGCUGCUAUCUCUGUCAUCAUUCGGCCAUCGGCGGUCAUCUUCUGGGCUCUUUUGGGCUUCCAGUUGCUAAGGCAUUCACACGGCGAGACGAAAAUGGAUGUCAUCGCCCUGGUGAGCGUUGUGGGUUGCAUUAGCGCUUUUGCUUGCUUCGUAUUAGACUCGUGCUUUUACCGUCUUCCUACUUUCACCCCCCUCAAUUUCAUUCGGCAAAACGUCUAUAAUUCCCUCUCUAGCUUCUAUGGUCUCAACAGAUGGCAUUUCUACUUUACUCAGGCUUUUACCUUUGUCAACCUCUCACUCUUCCCAACGGUCAUCAUAGGCAUGAUGUCGCUCUCCGUCGCCAAAGUUGGGUUGGAGAAUGAACUGGUGCUUCUCAGGUUGCGUUCAGCUCGGUUUGCGUGUUUGGGAACGAUGCUAGUGCUCUCGGUAUUGCCCCACAAAGAAUUUAGGUUCAUCCAACCUCUUAUACCACUAUUUUGUGUUUUUGCGGGUCGGGCGAUGGUGAACAAUUAUAUCGAGUUUCGUUCUCUUCAUCCGACUCCCACUCAACCAUCUUGGCUUGAGCGCACCAUCCAGGCCCGUCCAAUCGGGUUUAUUGUUCGAUCCGUCAUCGCAUUUGGAGCAGCUCUCUAUCUACUGACUUUCCAAUACCGUGGGCAAAUGGCAGUAGUUGAUUAUCUUCGAGGCGUUCCUGAGACUGAACUCCAGUCUGUCGGCCUCCUCGCACCUUGUCACUCUACACCAUGGCAGAGCCAUCUUCAUCGAGCUCAUCUUGCAUCUGAAGCUCGUAACGGAUCUUUAUUGUGGAUGCUUUCGUGCGAGCCUCCAAUCCAUGGUCAGAACCUGGCGAUAUACAAAGAUCAAUCGGAUAGUUUCUAUGAAGAUCCAAUCAAGUUUCUUGUAGACCACUUUCCAAGCGCAGUGAAUGAUCGAUUCCCUGGAUCAAUCGUUAAUGAGUCAUCCUUCCAGUGGCCCUCACAUAUCGUUUUGUUUAGCAACCUGUUAGAUGUCACCAGCAACCAAACAUCACAGGGAAAGGCGAGAGUAGGGAGUUUUCUUCAAGACUUGGGUUAUAUAACCGAUAAAGAGUUUGAGAAUGGAAGAUGGCACGAUGACCGGAGGAGAGAGGGCAAGGUAAUAGUGAUGCGUUGGAAUCCUGCUGAAUCAGACAAAGCAGCUAGAUAG